AUGACUGUUGCUACCGUCUUACUGCAAGCCACCUCCUUACUUUCCAGCCUGUCGCAGCUACGCACCAAUGGUGCUUCCAACCUCGGAACCUUCGAAGCACCAAAGCUACCAGCGUUUCUCGAAAACAAUCCUAUAAUCAACGGCUUUCCAUGGGGCGCGAAAGGCGCUUCGACUGCAGAUCCCUACACCGGCGCCGCCGAUACGGGUGUUACUCGCUCAUAUGAUUUCACAAUAGCUAGGGGAACUGUAAGUCCCGAUGGAUACCAGAAAAACAUGCUCCUGAUCAAUGGCCAAUACCCAGGGCCUUUGAUCGAAGCCAAUUGGGGAGAUACCAUUCAAGUCACCGUGAACAAUGCCAUCUCCGGGCCGGCCGAAGGUACCGCCAUGCAUUGGCAUGGUCUCAACCAGCUGAACACGGAAUGGGCAGACGGCGUUCCAGGUGUUUCGAUGUGCCCAGUACCGCCUGGUGGGAGUUUCACACACACUUUCAAAGCCACUCCAUAUGGCAGUACUUUCUACCACUCGCAUUACUCCUCUCAAUACGCUGAUGGCCUUUGGGGCCCAAUUGUGAUACACGGACCCAAAAACUACCCCUACGACAUCGACCUGGGCCCAGUGACACUCAACGACUAUUACCACAAAGGCUACUUCACCGUUUUGGAAGGCGUCAUGGGAACCGACCUCUCAGACGAAAGCCUCGUUCGACCAGCAUCUGACAACAACUUGAUCAACGGCAAGAUGGACUUUGCAUGUGGUAACAGCACUGGCAACAGUACCAUGGGCACCUGCGUCAAUAAUGCUGGCUUGUCCAAGUUCAGCUUCACUAGUGGCAAAAAGCAUAGGCUGAGGUUGAUCAACACUGGUAUCGCUGCUAUCCAGAAAUUCAGUAUAGAUAACCACAACAUGACCGUCAUCGCUAAUGACUUCAUCCCUAUCGUACCGUAUGAGACUACAAUUGUAACACUAGGCGUCGGCCAACGCACCGACAUCGUCGUCGAAGCAACCGGCGAUCCUACCGAUGUCGUCUGGAUGCGCUCACACAUCACGUCCGGCGCCUGCACCGAACCCGCCAAUCAGCCCCUAGCUCUCGCAGUCAUCUACUACGAAGACGCAAACACAAAAUCCGCCCCAGGCAACGCCUCGGUCGCGCAAAUAGACACCACGCCCGCCUGUCUGAAUGACCCUCUCUCUGAUACCGAGCCAAUGUAUCCCAUCGCAGCCGCUGGUACCAACACCACAGUCACCCUGAACGUCGCCGUCGCGGUCAAUUCCACAGGCCACAUUGUCUGGACUAUCAAUGAUAGUGCGUUUGAAGCGGAUUGGAAUAAUCCCAUACUGCUACUGGCAAAGAGUGGCAAUACCAGUUAUCCGGCGGUCGAUGCGGAUUGGAACGUUUAUAACAUGGGGACAAACAAGACUGUGAGGUUUAUUGUCAAUAAUACGAGUCCCACGAGUCAUCCGUGGCAUUUGCACGGGCACGAGAUGCAAGUCCUAUCCGUCGGACUGGGCGCAUGGGGCGGUGCCAUCACUAACCCUAGCAACCCCCAGCGCCGCGACGUACAGAUCGUACCCGCGAAUGGCUAUGCUGUCUUCCAAUGGCAACAAGACAACCCCGGCGUCUGGCCCUUCCACUGUCAUAUCGCCUGGCACGUCUCGGGCGGUCUUUAUGCUAAUAUCAUGGAGCGACCGGCUGAUAUCAAAAAUGUGCUCAUUCCGUCGACGACGUAUCAGAAUUGUAGGGAUUGGGCUGAUUAUUCGGGUGGGAAUCUGCUGCCGCAGAUUGAUUCGGGGUUGUAA